GCUUUAAAGCGCAUUACACACUAGGCGCAAGUUAUUCAUUACGGGAUUUGUAUAAACCCUAGCAAUAGCUUAAAACCCUGGUAAGAGCUCUGUGACAAUGGCUGGAUCAGGGAUUCUCUCACGGUUAUCAUCAACCCGCUUACCCUCUUUUUCUGUCAAGCUGAGAACCAACAAAUCGGUUAUGUCCACAAUUUCUCCAUUGAAAUCAAGCUCUCAACCUCAGGUCUCCUCCUCAAUGAAGCGCAUUUCAAGAUUACCAGUGGAAUUGAGCUGCUUGAUGUCGAUGAUGCCAUUGCAUAGUGCAGUAGCUUCGGCUCGGCUGAAAUCAUUUCUUUCCACCGAUUCUCAGAGCUGGGGUUUGGUUCCUCAAGGUAUCUCUAUGCCUUUAUGACAAGUUUUUGCUGCGGUUGUUUCAUCAAACAGAUUUCAUGUUAAUCUUAUAAUGCAUUUUCUUCUUGAAUUUGAUAAAGGUAAGGGGUUUUAAGAUGUUAGUUUUUCUUUGCCUCUUAUUCAGUGUUGGAGAGAUGUAUUUUGUAAGAAAUAUUUGCUCAAUGAAAAAUCUGAGCAAGAAAAUGUUGAAUACAUGGAUAACUUUUUGGAUUGAACUGAAUCAAUUUAGUUGCUAUAAUACAUCUCAAUAACUUCUGUUGUGAA